UUCAAACCCCUUCUCUUUUUCUUCUUCUUUUUCUCUUUCUAUUUAUAACAUGCAAUAUGCAUUGCAUUUUUCAUGUUAUGGGAGUUAUAUGAGAGAGAGGAGAGAAAGUGAACUUUGACAAACACUCUCAAUAAACAAAACACAUAAAUUAAGAGAAAAGUAACCAAACCAAUCUCAACCUUCUCCUACUUAAUCCAUACUCCCAGGUCUGUUCUUGAGUCCCAGCAUUGGAAAAUCUCUAAGGUUUCAAAAAAAUUGCUAAUUUCAUUCUGGGCAUAUAGAUUUCUGGGUUUCGAGAUUGUUUCAGAAGUCAAGCUACUUAUUCUUUCACCUUCAUUCUUUUUUUGUUGAUGAUUGAUCAAUUUUCUUGUUCGGCUACUGGAUGUAACCUGCAAGCUGUUGACUCGUGACACAGUUGUUCAUCUUAGGCAUGGCUCACUGGGACCAAGUUAAUUAGCUUGUGCACUGAUCAUCAAUGGAUUGACUGUUCUGAAAGUGGGGCUUUUCCCAGUGGUAUCACUGGCAUGAAACUGUGGAUUUUCAACAUAUUUGAUAGUGUACUAGUUUGUUUAAUGGGCUGCUUUUGCUCAAAGAAAGCUCAGCCACAAGGGUAUGAGGAUCCUAUCGUUCUUGCUGCUGAAACACCUUGAAGAAUUCCAGCUUGCACUCUUCAAGAACAGAAAUAAAAAAAAUCUCUUCGCGGACAGGGUUUUCGAUUUAUUUGACAUAAAGCGCAAUGGGGUUAUUGAGUUUGGAGAAUUUGUUAGAUCAUUGGGUGUCUUUCAUCCAAAUGCACCUGUAGAAGACAAAAUUGCAUUUGCUUUUAAAUUAUAUGACCUGAGGCAAACCGGAUAUAUUGAGAGAGAGGAGUUGAAGGAAAUGGUCUUGGCCCUUAUGCAUGAAUCAGAAUUGGUACUUUCAGAUGAUGUUAUUGAAGUAAUUGUGGAUAAGACUUAUAAUGAAGCAGAUGCAAAAGGUGAUGGAAGAAUUGAUCAAGAAGAGUGGAAGGAAUUUGUUUUGAAAAAUCCUUCUCUGUUAAAGAACAUGACUCUACCGUAUUUAAAGGAUAUAACACUAGCAUUUCCCAGCUUUGUUGUAACUUCUGAAGUUGAAGAAUCAGAAAUAUGACUUGGAAUUCCAUAAAGAGGUAUAUAUCAACUAUUUCAUGUCCCAUGAUGGUGAAAUAUUUUGAACUACCUUUUAUAUGAUGGAAUGUGGACUUUGGAGGAUAUAAUAUCUAACUACAGUCAAAGAACUGAAGAGUUUGCAACUCCAUGAAGCAUAGCCAACAAACUAAGACUCGCUCCCCAGGCUGCACAUUAUCUUUGCUAUCUUCAAAUACAUGUUCACGGAAUGCGGCUGGUACCAAUAAUUUGUAUAUAGGUUUCAUUUCUAAUUCUAUACCGAAGUUUUUAAAUAAACUGUAAACUGAAUAGAGAUAAAUGUAUUUCAUAUUGUAUAUAUUCCAUGCUGCAAAUUACUGGCUA